AUGAAGCGAAACGCCGCCAUUCCCACGCCGGAGCGAGAAGCCUCUCACCUUCACUUAGCUAGCCACGGAGCGAGAAGCUUCUCACCUUCACUUAGCCAUAAAAAUGUUGGAGAUGACGACAAGUACGACUUCUAUCUGUUAGUGCGCAAUAUUCUUUUAGUCACGCGUGGAUCUACCGGUGCAAAUGGCGGCGGCUUGCGACGGCUGACGCUGGCGUCGCGCGUAUCUGUGUUCGUCUGGGAUUCAUUGAGUGGCAAGCAGAGGCAGACAUGCAAUGCAAGGUCCGGGAAUGCCGUGCUGUGCUGCCGCCUGUCCCCAGAUGCUAGCAUCGUCGCUGGUGGUCUAUCCAAUUACUCUGUGCAGCUAUGGAGCGUGUGCACCGGGAGUUUGCUGUCAGUCUACAAAGGUCACACCGGCUGGGUUUACUCGCUGGAUUUCUCCCCAGACGGCAAUCGAUUAGUUUCUGCUUCGGACGACGAAACAGUAAUGAUUUGGAAUGCCAGCUCAGACGAGGAGUCGCAGUCGCCAUCCCUGAAGAGAGACUUCGGGGUACACUACUCUCCCACCGGCACGGUGACGGUGGCGGCCCCUGACAGCAGGAACCGGCUCUUGGUGUUGUGCGGCAACGAAGGUGAGGUGAUUUGUCAGACAGAGAAGGAGCAGUCAAGGAUACGAUCAUGUGCCGUGUCACACGAUGGCAGCACUGUAGCUUAUGGCUGUGAGGAUGGUACACUGAAACUUCUCCGCUUGGCUGGUUGUGCCAUCGUGAGGACUGAGGAGUUGGUGGGUCACACUGCGACGGUGCGUUGCUGCGUGUUCAGCUCUGAUGAUGACAUGCUGGUCACGUGUGCGGAGGACCACACCCUGCGGGUGUGGUCGCUAGACAAAGGCAGCUGUGUAAUUUGUGAGGGUCACCAGGACGUGGUCUGGCGGUGUCGCCUGUUCCACGAGAAUUCCCGUGUGCUCUCAUGCUCGCACGACGGUUCAAUUAGGGUGUGGGACGUGGCGACGGGGCGAGAGGUGCUUUGCUGUGCCGCUCACACGGAGUGGGUGCUGUGCUGUGAUUUGUCACCUGACGAGAAGACGAUGGUGUCCGCUUCCGUCGACCGCUCAGUGAAGCUGUGGAGUGCGACCACGGGCAAACUGCUGCGGUCGUUCACGGGACACUCUGACUGCGUGCGCAGCUGCGCCUUCUCUCCAUGCGGCCGCUACAUCGCGUCCGGCGAUGAUCAAGGCUUCGUGUUCCUGUGGGAUAUCCACACCGGACUGCUGAAUGUGCUCUCCCGGCACAACAGCUGGGUGACAGACGUUCACUUAUCGCCCGGCGGCAACGUCAUUGUGUCCGCUUCCGAUAGCGUCAAGUUCUGGCGGAAGGAUGGAGAACUGCUGCAGACAUUCCACGUGCGCGGCAGCUUCGUAAAGUACGUGGCGCCCUCUGCCGACUUCAGCAAGUUCGUCACAGUGGACAGCGCUGGUAUCCUGUACGUCCUGGAGCGGAUCUGAGAGCGGUGCGACAUGCGACGACCACUGGCGCCAUCUACCGACUUCAUUAAGGUUGUCACGGUGCAGUGCACAGCCGUCUGGUACAUCCUAGAGUGGAUAUGAGACAACGCGAUGCACCACAGCCUCUGGCGCCAUCUACCAUCUUCAUUAAGGUCGUCAUCGGGGAGAGCAUGUCCAUCUUGUCAUGAAGCAGAUUUCAAGACAAUGCGGCUACUGCCUACAAAGGUUGCCUAUUAUGUUAUAGCACCUGAGAUGUCUGCAGCAACCACGGUGAUGGCUGCCUGUGGUGGUUUUCAUUACUAAAUUAUCUCGCUCAGGUUCUCACGGCAACUGAUACACAGUUCGUUUGGCAUAUUCUUGCAAGAGCGCACUUGCAAGAAAAUCUUCCAGCAUUCUAGAAGAUCGCCAAAGUUUCGCCACCGUCGGGUGUGGAGGCGCUACCUAAGUAGUGAUUGCUAACAACUGCUAACGACAGUUUGUCUGACUGUCUAACAGAUGGGUAUUUCUGACGAUUUUUGGAAAGAAUAUUCGGCCACAUUCUUGUGGUCCACAUUCUCGUGGUCUUUUCGAAUCGAUGUAUUUAUGGGCACCGGCUAUUGUCGAAUGAUUUUCAGUGCUCGCUUUUCAUGUGAAAUUUCUAUUCUUUAUAUUUUUCCUACUUUCAUUACCCGUUUUUUUAAUCCGUGUUAUUUUUAUCUGAGGAUGAAAACGAAUCGAGGAGAAAUACGGCAAUAACAUAACAAAGUACUAAAUUACUUACCAGUAGUCAGAAUCACAGUGCAGUGUGGGCUCUCUCUAUUCCACCCACUUUAUGUACAAUAAGUACAACACAAUGCGUUCGAUCUACACGUUUACGCAAGCUUCACGUACACUGCUGACAACACCACGCCACUGCUCCCAAUGUUGAUGUCUGCCAGUGGUCGCUAUUUAGUAUUAUGAUGAUUUUCAUCGUUUGUCGGUAAUUGCGUUAUUCAAAAUAAAAGCUCGCGUAAAUUUAAAGUGUCAAUUAACCGAGCAUCGUAUUCCAAAAACGCGCAACUCAGAGUCGCGAGGCUCAACUCUAGAGGCAUCUUGUCACUUGUAUCUGUCUGCAAUUAUUGCUUGUGUGUGAAAAUCGAUCUCGUCACGUUAGUAACGCCAUUAAAUCUAGUUUUCUACAAUAACGUGCUUGUGUGUGUGUGUGGGUGUGUGUGUGCGUGCGUGCGUGCGUGCGUACGUGCGUGUGUGUGCGCGCAUAAAUAUUAUUACUUACGUGUCGAAAACAAACUCAUUCAUCGCAUCGAGAAUUACCUGUAUGUGUGAACAUGGCCUCUGUUUUCUCACAUAAUAAAUGAAUCACAAACGUUUGGAUAAGCAGUAUUGUGUAAAUCUUGCCGUUACGCUAUCGAUUAUACUUUACUUAUAAAUGCAAGAAAUCACACCUGAUAUUCGCAUGUGUGUGUGCGCGCCACUAAAUAACGCAUACCCGCUGCCGUUGAUUAGAUAUAUGCGGUUCUGAUAGUGGACUGAAUUCUGUUGCAUGGCAUUUUUAGCGAUUAUUAUAGUUAUAUUAUAAUUAUUAUAUUAUAUAGUUUCUAGCCCGUGUAUUGUUAGACGGUAUUUUUUUUUCUGUGUAUAAUUUAAUAGCAGAAUCUACAGUCGACUUACGUUAACUUCUGUGUUGUUUUUUACGGCGGCAGUAGUGGCAUGAGUCAGUGUUUGACAUGAAAACCAAGCGAACUUACUCUAUACCAAGUGUGGAGAUGACGAGACAAAGGUGCAAUUAUGUAUGUACGCAAAUAUAGAACGCGUAGAAAAGCCAAAGAGAACCAACUACCUAAGCUCGGUCCACCAUCGGGGUCCUAUGCUCGCCACGCCACAGUCCUCCCGUAAGGGCCGUAACGUAUUACAUGUUUUAGAGUAACCGGAUGCAACUUUUCAGGGUGGGAGGAGGGUAUGUGUGUGAAAGGCUAAAGCUAAUAUUUUUUGAAGUGUUCUCUGCACACAACGUAUAUAGAGUUAUGUGUACAUAAUUAUGAAUAGAUCAGUCGAAAGACAAAUUCAAUUAGCCCGAUAUGCAAACAGGGUUGUACGUGGUAAUAUCAGGAGUCUAUCAAUAUUGAUAGACUCCUGGUAAUAUAUAUAUAUAUAUAUAUAUAUAUAUCCAUAAUAACUGAGGACAAUGGUCGUGUAGUGAUUAUCUAUGUACGGAUGCAAUUUAUGAUUUAAAACAUGUACCGUGAGUAAAGGCGUUAUGCCUGGAUGUAGCUUAGUUUGUAACUGGUUGUAAAUUCAUGGUGACCCGUAAAACGGGAAAGGUAGGCUCGGAAAAGCCGAGUGCUGGUGUAUGUGUGUUGCACUGCUUAGCAUGUUUUUAUAUGUGUACAUUUUAUAUGUGUGUAUACUUGUAUUUAAAUGCCCGCUGUGCGGUCCGGUGUGCCUGAUUGCCCUCUUGGUGCCACCUGUGUGCGGACGAUGCAUACGUGGAAUUUUGUAUGCGAACGAGUCAAAUCAAUUUCGGUAGCGAUGUAUUACGAAGUCUAUUUUUUACUUUAACAAUUUAUAAGGACGGACUUUUGAUCUCACGUUGUAACUCGUGGAAUUUGUGCUCAGAGAUAAAUAACAUCUAUACUUUGUAGAAGUGUGGCGUUUAGAAAGGAUGGCACGUAAAUAUCUAUGAAAUAGGAUAAUAAAUAACAGCACCAUGUUAUCAGGAGUGAAAAAUAAUAGAUCUAUUAUAAUAAUAAUCUAUUAUUAUUCACUCCUGAUGUAAUCCCAUACUGUGAAGCACCCACGUUAUAUUCCUGUGUGAAAUAUAUCCCGGUAUUGCUAUUAUACGUUUCAUUUUGCAUUAAAAAACGUUUGACUAAUAAUUA